ACGAAUGCAACGUCACACUGGACUUUUAUUUUGAAAUGACUACCGGAAGUACGAUGCUCUCAUUAUCUGCGUUGUGUUUCGUGUCGCGCUUGAGAAGGCUGAAGUCUAAGCAGCAGUUCAGACUUGAGAGGACUGGCAAGUUAUGAUGAUGAGAGCUCCUUGUCCGUCUUCUCGUCGCCCUUCCCGGUUCUGUGGACGGAAGCAGCAGCUAAUGGCCUGAACGCAGCCCUGUCUGCGUUUUCUUCACCGCAGGACGAGCCCACUCACCAACUCACUGGGUCGUAGCGCGAAUACUCCAAGGACAUUUUAACGUUUCUACAGUUUUUGGCCUUUUCUGUCGAUUGAGGAAAUCCAGCGUGUUGCUCUCCCGCGCAAUGAUGUGGACAGAUUUUGUAAACAUGGGCAGAACCUGCGGUUGGUUUCAUGUAGCCCACCCCCGGGGCUGAUGAUGUGUCUACGCUUGUCAUUUUUAAACGUCGUACCCGCAUCCCUUCCCCUGUCGAGGCGACAGACACACAAACAGACCGACGAGCCAGUGGACGGAAAUCAGUCACUGACUUUCGUUGCGCUCCGUUCGGCUAUGGCAUCGCUGAGAUCGGAGGCUGCCUCAUGCUGAAGGGACAUCUGUGUUUCUGGAAGAAGGUGGUGGCCAUAAAACCCAGAGGAGAGACUGAUGAACUUUGAAUCCCAGACUGCUGCUGCUGCUGCUGCUGCUGGAGGAGUGUGUUGAAGGCAGAGGUGCUUCGGGUUCAGGAACUAUCCAUGCAGACUUCAGCCCGGUGAUCUGACGAGUCACAUAUAGGAGCAACCAGAGCUUCUCCUCUUCCCUCUCCCCAUUCCUUCCCUCACCCCUCCCUCCUCCCUCCCCCUUUUCCCCCGUUUCCUCGUCACUCUUCUACCUGAUUUCCCCCCUCGACCCCCCCAAUCUGCUCCAAAAUUCACCAUGCUCAUUAAGGAGUAUCGCAUCCCCAUGCCCCUGAGUGUGGAGGAGUACCGCAUUGCCCAGCUCUACAUGAUCCAGAAAAAGAGCAGAGAAGAGAGCUGCGGUGAAGGAAGUGGGGUGGAGAUCCUUGAGAAUAAGCCCUACACCGAUGGACCAGGUGGUGUGGGUCAGUACACCCAUAAGGUCUACCACAUAGGCAUGCACAUUCCUGGCUGGUUCCGCUCCAUCCUGCCCAAAGCUGCUCUGAGGGUCGAAGAGGAGUCCUGGAAUGCCUACCCUUACACCCGAACAAGAUACACCUGUCCGUUUGUUGAGAAGUUCUCCAUCGACAUUGAGACUUACUAUAAGCCUGACACAGGCAACCAAGCUGAUGUCUUUAACUUAUCUGCAGCAGACAAGAGGCAAACAACUAUUGACGUUAUCGACAUAGUGACAGAUCCCAUCCCCCCACAUGAGUACAUUUCAGAGGAGGACCCGAAGCUGUACACGUCAGCCAAGACCCAGAGGGGGCCCCUGCAGGAUGACUGGAUAGAGGAGUACAAUGACAACCCAGGGAAGACUCCCAUCAUGUGUGCCUAUAAACUUUGCAAAGUGGAGUUUCGCUACUGGGGCAUGCAGUCCAAGAUUGAACGCUUCAUCCAUGAUGUUGGGCUCAGAAAGGUUAUGGUGCAUGCCCACCGGCAGGCCUGGUGCUGGCAGGACGAGUGGUAUGGCCUAACCAUGGACGACAUCAGGCAGCUGGAGCUGGAAACCCAGCUGGCCCUGGCCAGGAAGAUGGCCAAGUUUCUCCAUGGCGAGGAGCUCUCCGAAUCCAACGGAAGCACAGUGUCUCCAGACAAAGAGCAGGAGGCCAAAGAGGCAAUCGGCUCUAUUGAGGCAGAGGAAACGGCCACCAGAUCAGUAGAGACUCUGCAGCCGCGAGGAGUCCUCACCAAGCAGUGGUCCACCUCAUCCAGAUCCUCCCGCUCAUCCAAGAGAGGAGUGAGCCCGUCGCGUCACAGCAUCUCUGAGUGGAGGAUGCAGAGCAUAGCGCGCGAUUCAGACGACAGCUCGGACGAGGAAUUCUUUGACGCCCAUGAGGAUCUCUCGGAUGGUGAGGAGGUUUUCCCAAAAGAAAUUGCCAAGUGGAACUCCAACGACUUCAUGGACAAGAUUGAAACUGUGGACACGGACGAUAGUCCUGAGAACUUUAAGGAAAUGAGCAUCGAUUAUGACAGAGCAUCGAGCGAGGACAGACUGGAUGAGAUGCGUGACUCUCUUAGCGGCCAAGCCGAUAGCUCUCCUAUCCCCACCAUCACGGUAACGAGGCACCAGUCAGAGAGCUCGUCUCAGCAGAGUCUGCAGCCUUCCAAGAUCCACGUCUUGAUACUGGUUCUGCACGGAGGGAACAUCCUGGACACGGGCGGAGGGGACCAGAGCAGCAAGCAGGCCGACGUCAACACCAUCAGCACGGCGUUCGACACAGUCAUGCGCGUUCACUACCCCGCUGCGCUCGGACGCAUCGCCAUCCGCUUGGUGCCCUGCCCCGCCAUCUGUGCCGAGGCCUUCUCUCUGGUCUCCAACCUGAGCCCUUACAGCUAUGAUGAGGGAUAUCUGUCCAGCAGCCAGGACCACAUCCCGCUCGCAGCUCUGCCUCUGCUGGCCACCUCGUCUCCACAAUACCAGGACGCCGUGGCCACUGUCAUUGUUCGCGCCAACCAGGUGUAUUCCGACUUCAUUAAGUCUCAGGAUGGCGCGACCUUCUCUGGCCAGGUUUGCCUCAUUGGGGACUGUGUGGGAGGAAUAUUGGGGUUUGAUGCUCUCUGUAACAGCACCCCCACGGUAAAUGAAAGCCAGAACAGCAGCCGCAGAGGCAGCGUCAUCAGCGUGCAGGACCAGGACCUUCUCUCUCCCGGCAUCAUCGUCAACAGCGGACAUGGGUCAUCAUCCCCAACACUGGAGAGCAGCCGCCACCUGAGUCGCAGCAACAUUGAUAUUCCUCGUGUCAGUUCAAGUGAUGACACCAAGAAGCAGCUGCCGCGCAAGAGAAGCGACUCGUCCACCUACGAAAUGGACACAAUUAAACAACACCAAGCUUUUCUGUCAAGCUUGCACUCUAGCGUCCUUAAGAGCGACGCAGGGUCCCGCAGGUCGAGCAGCAGCACCAUGCUGGACGGAAGCUCCCUGGGGAAGUUUGACUUUGAGGUGUCGGACUUUUUCCUGUUUGGUUCUCCGCUGGGCUUGGUGCUGGCCCUGAGGAAGACUGUGAUCCCUAUGCUGGAUGUGGCCCAGCUGAGGCCGGCCUGUCAGCAGGUCUAUAACUUGUUCCACCCAGCUGAUCCCUCCGCCUCCCGCCUGGAGCCUCUGCUGGAGCGGAAAUUUCACCUCCUCCCUCCUUUUAGCGUGCCCCGUUACCAACGCUUCCCCCUCGGAGAUGGAAACUCGGCCUUGCUGGUGGAGACAGUCCAGAGCAACGCUCAGCUGCUACUCGAUAGCGGGCCCCCCCUGUCCUUUCGCUGUCAGGAGACCAUCAGUGAGACCUGCAUUCCUGUUCCUGUGCUAAACUGGCAGGAGAACUCCCUGAAAGCCACACCCGCCACCUUGGAGUCGGAUGUUGUUCAGUCUCAUGGUGGUGUCUUCAUGGAAAAUUCGUACCCCUCAUCCCCCAUAAUGGGCCCCUUCCCCAGGGGCCAACGGAGGGCCAGUGAGAUCAGCAUUGCCAGCCAGGUCUCAGGAAUGGCAGACAGUUUCACUGCCACCAACAUAGCCAACACCAAAUCAGAGCAGAUUAGCCAAUCCAAUAAGCUCAGUCUGUUAUCCCAACUUGCCCUAACAACCCAAAACUUAUUCUCCAUAAAAAAUCCUCUGAAGUUCUAUAAAAAAGCCGAGGCUGACCUGACUGACGAAGAUCUGAGUUUUGAGACAUACUCAGGUGAAAGUCUAAGUUCCAUCUACCAGUACGACAGCAUCCAAUCAUGCAGGCUGGACUGUGCUAUACACGACCUGGUGUCGUUGGACUCCCAAGCUGAAGUUGAUGAAGUUGCAGCACGCUGGUGGGGCACAAAGCGCCUGGACUUUGCUCUGUACUGCCCCGAUGCUCUGACUGCCUUUCCUACAGUGGCUUUGCCGCACCUCUUCCACGCUUCUUACUGGGAAUCCACAGAUGUUGUAUCUUUCCUCUUGAGGCAGGUCAUGAGGCAUGAAAACUCCAGCAUCCUGGAGCUGGAUGGGAAGGAGGUGUCAGAGUUCACCCCCUCUAAACCUCGGGAGAAGUGGCUCCGGAAGAGGACUCACGUCAAGAUCCGGAACGUGACUGCCAACCAUCGAGUGAACGACGGCGUGUUCCCUGAAGACAGCCAGCAGGUCAUCACCGGUCGCUUCAUGUAUGGCCCUCUGGACAUGGUGACUCUAGCUGGGGAGAAGGUCGACCUUCACAUCAUGACCCAGCCUCCGUCAGGAGAGUGGGUGUUCUUCAGCACGCAAGUGACUCAAAGCAGCGGCCGCGUGUCGUUUAACAUCCCAGAGGAGAAGCGUCUGGGCAUCGGAGUCUACCCUGUGAAAAUGGUUGUCAGAGGCGACCACACGUUUGCAGACAGCUACUUGACUGUUGUCCCACGUGGCACAGAGUUUGUGGUGUUCAGCAUCGAUGGGUCAUUCGCUGCCAGCGUCUCAAUCAUGGGUAGCGAUCCGAAGGUCAGGGCAGGAGCCGUGGACGUCGUCAGACACUGGCAGGAUUUAGGUUAUUUGAUCAUCUAUGUGACGGGGCGUCCAGACAUGCAGAAGCAGCGGGUGGUGGCCUGGCUUUCUCAGCACAACUUCCCACACGGCAUCGUCUCCUUCUGCGACGGAUUAGUCCACGACCCGCUUAGGCACAAGGCCAACUUCCUCAAAACACUGACAGAGUCUAAUAUGAAGAUCUUCGCUGGAUAUGGAUCGACCAAAGACAUCUCUGUCUACACCUCCAUCGGCAUUCCUCCUUCUCAGGUCUACAUCGUCGGCAGACCCUCCAAGAAGAUGCAGAACCAGUGCCAGUUCAUCACAGAGGGGUACGCGGCCCACUUGUCCCAGCUGGAGUACAACCAACGCUCUCGGCCCGCCAAGUCCAGCAGCGCGCGCAUGGUCCUGCGCAAGGGCAGCUUCGGCCUGGGUGCCAACAGCGACUUCUUGAGGAAAAGGAACCACCUGCUGCGCACCAUCUCCUCCCAGCCGGCGCCCAGCUCCCCGACGGGCAGCUUCCACAACAGGCCCGAGCGCACGCAGAGCCAGUCGGACAGCGAGCGGCUGGAGCGGGAGAGGCUGGAGCGGACCCUCAGCCACAGCCCCGGGGCGUCGCAGCGCAGCAUGAGCAUCACGGCGAGCUGCUGGGGCCGCAGCGGCAGCACCAAGCUGGAGCCGUUCCCGUUCAACCCCAAAUGAGAGAGUACAGGCGCUUGGGAGGACGAGCGCAGAGACAGGAAACGCUGCGGGUUUGAACCAAGUGGGCGAAACGCCACCGGGGGGCGGGAGGAUCUGGUGCUACAGACCACUUAUCAGCAAUUAAAUGAUUUCAGUGGAGACUGUGGAAGUUUUGUUGUUAUUGUUUUAAGCCAGGCGAGUCCUCCUGAAGCCACACAUUACGCAAACAUAAAUUAAUUUAAACGGUUUCUUCUGUUCAGUGAAUAUUUUUUGGCCAUGAAUAUAAGCUCAGAACUCCUCCUACAGGUUGUUAUACUUGACUGCACACAAUGAAGCGCCUCCACGACAUAAGGGAAUUACUCUGAUUCUGCACCGCGGCUGACAGAUGUGGCCAAAGCAAAGCACAGACACGGCAACAGAGACUCACUUUCUGUGCUGCAGAUUUUAAGCAUCAGCCCUUUUGUUCUGCAAAUCUGUGAAAGCAGAGCUGAGACUUGAUUAACACUGGACCGAGCGCAUUUAUAAAUAAGUCUUACUCAUUUACCGAGAAUUGACGAAAAUGAAUCCAAGCCAAACAGAAAUUAUUUAAGCAGACGCCUGAAACAGCCAAGACUAAAAGUUGUGCUCUCCAGUUUUCCUCGCACCACAACUCAAAAGAAUCCCGCAGAGCGAACGCUGAACUGACCCUUUAAAUAUGAUUAACGCCGGAUUUCUACUGCACCUGAUGUUUGACUCAACUUUAGGAAAAACCUCGACUGUACAGCAAAGGUGCCAAAAUAAGCAGUGUAGAACAAUAUGCUGAAUCUGAGCAGAGAGGAUCACAUAAAGGUCUUCUCUGUAUAAAAACAUGGAAUAAAUUGUGUAAGUAUGUUGCUAAGCGCCCGAACGAGGCCUGUACAUAGUUGUUACAACACAGUGCAGAUCUGGUAUCUGGUCCACUGAAGACCAGUUUAAAGUGUCUUCUUUACUAUGAGGGUGACAUGAUUGAUAAUCAGUGCUAUUUAAUAAUAUAGCCAUGUUAAAAUUCAUCAAUUUUUGUGAACAAAAUGGUGUUUUGAGGUUAAGUUUUUGCUAUGUUAUGUAUUUUUAUUUCUUCAAAAUUGAGUUUCAGCAGCCAAAAAAAAACAAAAAACGCAGAAAUCCUUGCCUGUAUUGUAUUUUUAUCAUUUCACCUUGCAGAUCACCAGGGUUGUAUCAGAACUGUUAUCUUGUGUCAUAUAUAUGGGAUGUUUGAUAUUAGCCAUGUUUAGCCAUUUUGGAUUUCUGCUGUUUCCCCCCCCCCUCCCUGAUUUUUACUGAGCUGUAAAUGAAGCAUUGAAUGUGCUCUUAGAUAUCCCUCCCUGCAUCGCCGACUCCCUCUCUGUUCUCUGGUGCACCUUUAGAGGAAGACAGAGCUCCAGAUGUAAAUCCUGUACGAUACGUUGUGGAAACUAGGAAAGCGGAGCCGAGACCUGCUGUAUGAUGUUUGAUAUUUAUUUCUAAAGUUUAGUAAAUUUUCAUGCCUUUUUUUUUUUUUUUGAAAUAUAAUUACUUGUCCUUCUUGAGUUAUCUCCACACUUAUUGGCGCCUUUGGAAAUGACGUGUAAGGAGGAAGCAAAACUUAUAAUAAACUUGUUUCUUGCAGAAGUUUAAUUGGA